GCGUCCCCCAGGACCUCGCUCCGCAGCACGUCUGGACGCCAUGAAGCAGCUGUGCCUGUGCGCAGCCGCCUCGUUCUCGCUCCGGCUCAGCCCCACCGACCUAGGCUCCUGCCCACCCUGCGGUCCCUGCCCCAUCCCGAAGCCGGCAGCCAGAGGCAGGCGCCAGGGCCAGGACUGGGGGAAAAGUGACCAGAGGUUGCUGCAGGCUGUGGAAAACGACGACGUGGCCCGAGUGGCCACACUCAUCACCCACAAGGGGCUCGUGCCCACCAAACUGGACCCCGAGGGCAAGUCAGCGUUCCACCUGGCAGCCAUGAGGGGUGCAGCUGGCUGCCUGGAGGUCAUGUUGGCACAAGGCGCCAAUGUAAUGAGUAUGGAUGGAGCAGGUUACAGUGCCCUACAUCUGGCCGCCAAGUAUGGCCACCCUCAGUGCCUCAAGCAACUCCUACAGGCUUCCUGUGUGGUGGACGUCGAGGACAGCAGUGGGUGGACCGCCCUUCACCACGCAGCGGCUGGUGGCUGUCUCUCCUGCUCAGAGAUGCUAUGCUCCUUCAAGGCUCACCUCAACCCCCGAGAUCGGUCGGGUGCCACGCCCCUCAUCAUAGCGGCUCAGAUGUGUCACACAGAUCUCUGCCGCCUGCUCCUACGGCAGGGGGCUGCGGCAAAUCACCAGGAUCUGCAAGGCAGGACAGCCUUGAUGCUGGCCUGUGAGGGGGGCAGCCCCGAAACCGUGGAGGUGUUACUACAAGGCGGGGCCCACCCAAGCAUCACGGACGCACUGGGCCAGGAUGCAACUCACUAUGGAGUGUUGGCAGGGGACAAAUUCAUCCUCCAGCUUCUACAAGACGCGGCCCAGAGGCCCUCUCUACCCAGUGAGGAUGACUCCGGAGAGGCCUCGUCCCAGAACUCAGUGUCCAGUCAUGAAAAGCGAGAGGCCCCCAAGAAGCGGAAGGCACCCCCACCUCCGGCCGGGAUCCCCGUCCCGGAUGACCAGGAGGCCUAUGAGGAAAUCGUACGCCUGCGGCAAGAGAGAGGCCGGCUUCUGCAGAAGAUCCGAGGCCUGGAACAGCACAAGGAGCAGAAGAAGCUGGAGCCCCCGGAGGCCGAGGUCAGCUCGGUGCACAGUCUGGAGAGACAGGUGCAGGAGCUGCAGCAGAUGCUGGCGGACGAGCAGCAGGAGAAAGAGAGCCUGGGCCGCGAGGUGGAGAGUCUGCAGAGCCGCCUGUCGCUGCUGGAGAAUGAGCGGGAAAACACCAGCUACGAUGUGGCCACCCUGCAGGAUGAGGAGGGCGAGCUGACGGACUUCCCAGGGGCCGAGGCUCUGCUGCCCCAGCGGCUGAGCCCAGCGGCCCAGGAACUCCUGGCCUCCCUGCAGGAGCAGGUGGCUCAGCUCACCAGGCAGAACCAGGAGCUCAUGGAAAAGGUCCAGCUUCUGGAGGAGUUCGAAAAAGAGGAGGCUCAGGUAGAAGUCAGUGAGGUCGUCCCUCUCCUCCUCUAUGAGUCUCUCCGCGCUGAGCUCAACCAGCUCCGCCAGCAGCACGCUGAGGCUCUGCAAGCGCUUGAGCAGCAGGAGCCACCAAGCCUCCCGGGAGAAAAGCUAGCAGCCCACGGGGACUGCAAGGACCCGGGGGCCAGGGCCACCCAAAACAGACUGAACAGCCCUAAACUCAAUGGCCCUGUGGCUCCCGAAACCACGGCUAAUGGAGCUGAGACCAAAGAGGGCACAGCAGAAGGAGAAGCAAGAUCAGCAGACAUGGCAGCAGAGGUUACAGAAAACAGAGCCCCCAAUGUGGAGGCCACAGGGAAUGAGGAGGGGCCAGCUGCGGCCCUGGAGAAAGAAGCCAUGGAGCCUGAGGUCCUAGAAACAGAGGCUGUAGAGGAAGGAGAUACUUCAGUUACAAUGGAGGGAGCCACCGCCACAGGAACAGAAGCCACAGAAAUAAUAGCAGCCGCCCCAGGAACAGAGACCAGGGGAGAGGACACCACAGAAGCCGAGGCAGGCCCCGAGAUGCUGGCAAAACACGUGGAGGAUGCUGCACUUGAGGCCACAGGUGCAGUGGUGACUGAUGUGGAGACCAUGGUCCCCAAGACUACAGGAGCACAGGCCCAGAGAGAUGAAGCCACGACAGCAGAGGCCUCAGGUGUGGAGGCCACUACAGGGAAGGCCAAGACAGAGGAGCCCACGGAGACUGAGGCCAGUAGAGGGAAGGCCAGGUCAGAGGAGGCCACGGGGACUGAGGCCACGGGAGCAAAGGACACAAAAGAGGAGGCCACGGCAGCGGAGGCCACGGCCCCGCAGGUUCUCACUGGCCCUGUCCUUCACCCCGGAGCAGCCGAGGCGUCGGAGGAGCUGCAGGCCGAGCUGGAGCGCAGGAUCCGCGGGCUCGAAGCAGCCCUGCGCGAACGCGAGCGGGAGGCGGCGGCCGAACUGGAGGCCGCGCGGGGCCGGUGCGCAGCGGCGGAGGCGGAGGCGGGCCGGCUUCGGGCCGGGGCUGAGGCCGGGGCAGUGGCGCAGCUGAGGGCGGCCCUGGAGCAGGCCCGCGAGGACCUGCGCGCUCGGGAUGCCCGGCUGCGCGGGCUGGAGGCGGCAGCGGAGCAGCUGGACGAGGCCCUGGCCGCGCGGCUGCUGGCGGAGGACGAGGCCCGGGUGCUGCGCACCGAGCUGGAGCGCGAGCGGGAACGCGGCGCUGGGCGAGAGCGCGAGGCCGACAGUCUGCGGGCUGAGGUGGCGCGGCUGGAGCGGCGGCUCCAAGAGCUCAGCCGGCAGCACGAGAAGACCAGCGCCGAGGUCUUCCAGGUGCAGCGGGAGGCCCUGUUCAUGAAGAGUGAGCGGCACGCAGCUGAGGCCCAGCUGGCUACCGCCGAGCAGCAGCUCCGGGGCCUCCGGUCAGAGGCUGAGAGGGCACGCCAGGCCCAGAGCCGUGCCCAGGAAGCCCUGGACAAGGCCAAGGAAAAAGACAAGAAGAUCACAGAACUGUCGAAAGAAGUAUUCUCCCUUAAGGAGGCCCUGAAGGAGCGGCCACCCAGCCCAGCCAGCACAGAGGUGGAGGCCCUGCGGGGCCAGGUGAAGACAUUACAGCAACAGCUGGAGGAGGCUGCCCGGGAACACGGGGCUGUCGUGGCUUUGUACCGGACUCAUCUCCUGUAUGCCAUUCAGGGCCAGAUGGAUGAAGAUGUGCAGAGGAUUCUCAGCCAGAUUUUGCAAAUGCAACGGCUGCAGGCGCAGGGCCACUGAUGGCACGGGGAGGCCUCCACCGCCCCCGGCUCCCCACGGGGUAACCACACAGACCAUGCACUUGGGGACAAGCCUGGAACCUUUCCUUACUGUACCUCACAAGCUUGUCACCCACAAUAGUCCUCACACGCUCCAGGCAGGCUGACGCCAUUUCCUGGCUCCAUCAAAGAAGCUGUGACUCCCUGUGUGACCCGCCCAUGUUACCCCAUCACCCAUGUCAACCCAGGAAUAAAGCUACAGCAUCUAG